UAUGUGAGCAGUGUUUCUAGCUUCGUUUGUACAACAACAGAACUAUCUAGACGUGUUAGCUAAGAUUUUCUGACAUUUGAAGAUGGUUUGCGAGAAGUGCGAGAAGAAGCUGGGGCGAGUCAUCACGCCUGAUACCUGGAAAGAUGGGGCUAGAAACACAACAGAGAGUGGUGGUCGAAAGCUUAAUGAAAAUAAAAUGCUGACAUCAAAAAAAGCCAGGUUUGAUCCUUAUGGGAAGUCUGGAUUUGCCACAUGCAGAAUAUGCAAAAGCUCUGUCCAUCAGUCUGGUUCACAUUACUGUCAGGGAUGUGCUUACAAAAAAGGAAUUUGUGCCAUGUGUGGGAAGAAGGUUCUUGACACCAAGAAUUACAAACAGACCUCAGUUUGAUGGGAGAUUUGUCUUUAGCUGAGAUGGGGAUGUUUGUGGAUGUCUGUGUUGACUCUUCCAAGUGUUGAGAGAAUGAUUGUGUUGAGUUCACAAAAGAGUUUAGUUUGCUGCGUUUUGUGGUGCAAAAGGAGUGCUCUACGUUUAUGACUGUAUUUAUAUCAAAUAUUCAGUGGAAUUUCUCUCUCACUAAACAACCUUAGAGCAAUAUAGUGGCUUGUACUGUUUGGACAAUGUAGAUGCCUUUGAGUACAUUUGCUGGGGAACAUGUUUAGAAAAUGUUCUUAUUCAUGAUGACAGUGGUUAGGCCAUUUAAUAAAAAUAAGUUCUCUUCAUGGCAAUUUAUUGCGCUUUUUUACUUAUUUAGCCAUUGGGUCUUACCAAAGUCUAGACUUUGACUUGUAAAUUUGACCUCUUCCCACAAUUAAAAAAAAUAUGAAUGUAUCUAUCUUGUUUGAAGUUAUAUUUCCUCUACUGUUUUCAAGGCAUUGUUCACUAUUACAAAAUCUAAUGUAAAUAUGAAACGAAUAGACAGUGACAUACCAAUAUAAGACAGCUACAAGUUCAGUGUGCAGUUAUAUGUUUAUAGUCCGUUUCCAUUUCGUAUUCUUCUGCCACUGGUUCUUUUUGUCAACACUGUUUCAGAUGGUUACUGGAGAUCUGUUGUUUUCUUUUUUUAGUGAUCAUUUGGAAUUUCAUUUCUCUUGGACCCACAUAAUUGUAUAAUAGGGUUUAACUGUUAUGGAUGCUCUUAUUACAGUAUGUAUAUUUUUUGCCAUAUUUUAAGUGUGAGAAGUCACAACAUAGAAAUACUUAGAUUCUGUAUAAUGUAAUUUCCUUAAUAUCAAUUAAAUGAAGAAUUGUCCGGGACACCUACAUUUUUACAUCUGUAAAUAUUUCUUGACGAAUAAAAUUGUG